GAAGCCUGCGUGUGUCUGGCCCUCUUCGCCUGUUGGCUCGAACUGAACAUGAUCCUUAGAAUCCGCACCAAGGACGGCACGGAGCGCAUCACUGCCGACGCUUCCACCACGCUCUCCCGCUUGCGCGAGCAGAUUGAGGCGCAGCUUGGUGUGCCAGUCGGGGAGCAGAGCCUCUGCCGGUCGGAGCAGCGGGGGCCGGUGCCGACAAAGGGCGCCGCCUUUGGCGCGUCGGACGACGCGCAGCCGCUCUCGGCGCUCGGGCUGGCGUCGGGCGAGAUUCUCUUCCUCGAGUACCAGCGCGACCGCGAGAACACCGAAAAGUACGUCAACAAGGACCCGUUCGUCGCGCUGGCCAAGGAGGGCGACCUCCGCGCGCAAGGCUCGGCGCAGUGGACGCUUACCAACUUCCUGGACUACCGCGCGACCAAAGAGUUCAAGCUCGAGGCGACGCCCGAGCCGCACAGCCGCUUCGUGAUGGUAGACCCGGCCGCGUCGCAACAGUUCAUCAACUACUGCCUCAGCACCGGAUUCGGCUCAAAGCGAAUCGGCUUCCUGUACGGCCGAUGGGCGGCGGCGGAGAAUGGCGCCGCCGCCGCCGGCGGCGGCGGCGAGGGCGGCGAGGGCGGCGGGGCGGGCGGCGGGGCGGGUGGCGGGGCGGGCGGCGAGGAGGGCGUCGAGGUGCACGCCAUCUACGAGCCGCGGCAGAGCUGCUCGAGCGACGAGGCGCUGAUCGAGGUGGACCAGGCCGAGAAGGCGCGCCUCGACGCAAUCGCGGGCAUGCUCGGCCUCGUGCAGGUCAGCGGGGGGGUUGGUGCAGCGCUCUUGGCGGUCGUCCUGUGUCGCCAGCAGUGCCGGUGCUAUGGUCUUGCGGCCGAGUCGGAGGGUGAGUCGGGCAGGGGCGCGGCCGAGCGGCGGAAGGGACGCGCAUGACGCAGCUCGCAGCGCCCGAGAGGGGGGCAGCGCUCAGGCACAAGAGAGACCGUCGCCGGGUAUGCGCUCCGCGCCCAUUUUGUACGCCCCCGAGGCACGCCUUCGAGUACGCACUCGCGGUGACGGCCGGCUCGCAGGGGCCGCCAGCGCCGCUACGGAGCGCUGCCCGCCGGGAAGGUGCUUGGGAAGGGCGCUGGCGGUGAUGUCGGUGCGGCGGGGUCUAACUCGGCGGCGAGAGGAGAUGCCAAAAGGCGACUGUAGAGAGGCCGGAACAUGUAGUGCGCCACGACGGCGGGAGAGCUCCCUCCCGUUGCCCCGCGGGCCGCCCCGAAGGGCCGUGCAGCCCACGCCCUCAGGCGCCGCUGUCGUCGGCGAGUGUCCUCGUCAUGCGAGUGUCCUCGUCGGCGGCGUUUCGGUCCGCGGAAAACAAGCAGAGGCGGCGGCGCCGACUCCAGUGACUGCGGUCCGAGCAAUGUGCGCCACGUGGGCCGGGCUCAAUCGUUGGCAGCGGCAGAGAGCGAGUGCGCACCAGUGUGGUGGCAACCCCUAUGUGGUGCAAAAAGUGCGCCGGCCGGCGCAAAGUGCGCCGGCGGCGCAAAGUGCGCCGGCGGCGCAAAGUGCGCCGGCGCCGGCGCAAAAGUGCGCCGGCGCCGGCGCAGAUCUGCGCCGGCGCCGGCGCAGAAGUGCGCCG